AUGGAGGACGUAACAAUACCUAGGCUCAGCGCGCAAGGUCAUUAUAAAUACCUGGGAAUACAACAAGCCUUGGACAUAAAGAAGGCCGAAAUGAAGAACAUUUUUCGGGAAAAAUACUUCUCGAGAGUGAAAAAAAUACUGCAGUCCAAGCUGAAUGCUAAAGCGACGUUCACGUCGAUGAACAUGUGGGCUCUCCCGUGUUUGUCAUACUCAUUUGGAAUUAUCAAGUGGACUGCUGCAGAAUUAAAAGAACUCGAUAUUAAAACGCGCGCGCUACUAACCAGGCACGGAGUUCACCACCCACACGCUUCGUCUAAUCGACUAUAUAUCAGAAGACAGGAAGGAGGGAGAGGUCUGCAAAAUAUUGAGAAAUUGUACAACGAAACAGUCGUAAGCAUGCGGGAAUAUUUUCAUGCAAAGAACUCACCUCUUUUGCAGGCUAUAUGUCGGAGUGACGAGAACUUGACUCCAUUAAAUCUGAGCAGCCAGGAGGGACCAGUUGGUAGUAUAACAGAGGCACAACUCAUUCGGGAGUGGCAUAGCAAAGCGCUCCAUGGGAGGUAUCCUGGUAACCUGGAAAAAAAUAACAUCAAUAAAAAGGAGUCACUAACUUACCUUAGGGCUGGAUACCUGUACCCAGAAACGGAAGGCAGACUCGUUGCCAUCCAAGAUCAGGUGGUCCCAACGAGAUCCUACAUAAAAAACAUAACGGCAAGAAACAUACCAACUGAUAGAUGCCGUAGAUGCUUGCAGGCGCCGGAAUCUAUACAACACGUCGUGUCCUCGUGUUCCGUCUUGGCGCCGACAGACUACACGGAGAGACAUAAUGCCAUGGCUAGAAUUUUCCAUCGUGCCAUUGCCGAAGAAACCGGAUUGGUGAAAAGAUCAAAAAAGCCAUAUGAGUAUCGUCCGAGCACAGUUUUGGAAAACGGCGCAUAUAAACUUUAUUGGGAUAUGGUCAUAACAACGGACAAACCAAUACCGCAUAAUAGGCCCGAUAUAGUGCUUUUCGACAAGGGGCAAAGAUCUGCCAAAAUCAUGGAUGUCACGGUUCCAGCUGAUGAUAAUAUAUCUAAAGCAUUCACGGAGAAGCUUACGAAGUAUCAAGACCUUGCCUUCGAAUUGAAGAACACUUACGCUCUCAGGUCGGUGGUGAUUCUCCCACUCAUAAUUUCCACCAAUGGACUGGUCGAGGCACACUUAGAGGAGUACACUGGCAUGCUGGGUCUACAAAAAGAAUUAAUAAGUACUGCACAGAAACAGGUUAUUCUUGCAACCACAAGGAUAGUGCGAAAGUUCCUUACCACUUCCUGA